GUCAAAAUGCAAUGACUUGAGCAAAAUUGUAAACAUUGGUUACCAUUUUACAUAGAAAAAAUUACAUAGGAAAGGAUUUUUUAUAAAGCGAUAAUUGUAUUUUAAUAUGGAUUAUUUUCAAGAGAUGGGAUGGAAUGAAUUGGCAGAUGGUGAGCAACCAGAUCACAUACUUCAUAUUGCAAGAUUUCUUUUGGACUAUGGUUUUGAUAAUGACAAUCCGAAUAUGCAAUGGCCCAGUCUACCACCACCUGCAUCAAAGGAAGUUGUCAAUAAUUUGCCAGAAAUCACAAUUGAUACUGAGGGAAAGAACUGCCCAAUAUGUCUUAAAGAGUUUAAAAUAAAUGAAAAAGCAAAAAAUCUUCCUUGUGAACAUUUCUUUCAUCCAACAUGUAUAUUAACUUGGUUGAAUAAGACAAAUUCAUGUCCAUUUUGCCGAUUAGAACUUAAAACUGACGACGAAGCUUAUGAAAACUUCAAAAAAGAAAAAAAACGUGCUCAAGAAAGAGUUGAAGAUCUUGAGACAUUGCAUAGUUCAAUGUUUAGUUGAUUCUUAACAAUUCCAUUUUUCUAGUUAUCAUAAACUACACAUAAUGUAGUUAAUCGAGUGAUUACAAAGGGAAAUUACCGUAUAUAGAUUCUCUAUGUGAUACCUGCACUAAGUACUGCUUAAGUAUUCAUUACAUAAAACAGAGUGUCACAAUUUUAAAUGCUCUACUGUAAUCAUAUUUCUUAUGAAAUUAAAAAAUAUAGCCUAUGUUACUCAAUGAUAAUGUAGCUUUUUAAUGGUGAAAGAAUUUUUGUAAACAACCCAGUAGUUAUUGACUUAUUUUAAUACAUACAAAAAAGAAUUCAUUCCUCUUUAUAAUAACUCUAUACAUAAAGAAUUGCAUAUCUGAUAAUCUAUGAUACUAUCAAAUAUUACGUUUUUUCUGCUGGAUAGUGUCAUAAGCGUCACCAGGAAGGGGUGUUGGUGCCGUCCUUAUUUCUAAAAGUGAUAUAUUCAGAAUUUCUUUUGAUAACACGCUAGAAGUUAGAAUAAAAAAAUGUUUGUAAAUUAAAAAUGUAGAUUAUCAUAUUUGGUAAAACUAUGUCAUUAAAACUAAAAAAAAUGAAAGGAAAUAGGCAAAUAGAAAUGACAAAAUGAUCUAUCAUAAGGGAAAUUAAGGUAACUUUUCUUAUAAUAUGGUGUCAGAUGUUUUCAGUUUAUUUUAUGGAAAUAAAGCUCUUUAAAUUUAA